AUCCCGACGUCCUUUAAUGCUGCAGUGAUUCCCAAUUUCAAGCAGAUAAAACCUUCAGGUUCUCCAUUGUCAAAAGAAAAAGAAAAAGAAAAAGAGCCCUAGUGUUCCCUGUUUACUAUUAGCGCGCAAAAUGAGGAAGAAAGUUGAUGAUCGCAUUAGGACUUUGAUUGAAAAUGGAGUGAAGGCUAGGCAUCGGUCUAUGUUCGUUAUUAUUGGCGACAAGUCCCGUGACCAGAUAGUCAAUCUCCACUACAUGUUGAGCAAGGCUGUCAUCAAAGCCAGACCCAAUGUUUUGUGGUGCUACAAGGAAAAAUUGGAACUUAGCAGCCACAAGAAAAAACGUGCAAAGCAGGUUAAGCAGCUAAUGCAAAGGGGACUCCUUGAUGCUGAAAAGGCUGAUCCUUUUUCUUUGUUUGUUGAAAGUGGAGUAGUUUCUUAUUGCUUAUAUAGGGAUUCGGAAAGAAUACUUGGGAAUACAUAUGGCAUGUGUAUUUUGCAGGAUUUUGAAGCAUUGACACCAAAUAUUCUUGCAAGAACUAUUGAAACUGUAGAAGGUGGUGGUUUGGUGGUUUUGCUUAUUCGUUCGCUCUCUUCACUUACCAGUCUGUGCACGAUGGUCAUGGAUAUUCAUGAAAGGUUUAGAACAGAGUCACAUUCUGAAAUAGUUUCUCGGUUCAACGAACGGUUUCUGCUGUCUCUUGCAUCAUGCAAGGCAUGCUUGGUCAUGGAUGAUGAGCUUAACAUUCUACCUAUCUCAUCGCAUGCAAAGUCCGCCAUUAGGUCAUCCGAUUCUGAGGGUUAUGGUUCCAUGGGAAUGCAAGAAGAAUCGAGAAUUUUAAAGGAACAACUUCAUGGUGUUUUGCCAAUAGGUCCUUUACUUGGAAUAUGUACAACAUUUGAUCAGGGAAAAGCUAUUUCAACUCUUGUUGAUGCCAUUUUGGACAAGGCAAUUCAAAGAACCAUUACACUGACUGCUUCUCGUGGACGGGGUAAAUCUGCGGCUCUGGGUUUGGCAAUUGCAGGAGCUGUAGCUGCAGGGUACUCGCGUAUAUUUGUUACUGCCCCUUCCCCAGAAAACUUGAUAUCACUGUUUGAGUUUGUUUGUAGGGGACUCCAUGCAUUGAAUUAUGAGGAACAUUUGCAUUAUGAUCUGGAGAGAAGUACAAAUCCUGAGUAUAGAAAAGCAAUUAGAAAAGUGUAUAUUUACAGGGAGCAUAAACAAGUAGUUCAGUAUAUCCAGCCUCAAGAUCAUUUGAAGCUCUCCCAAGCUGAACUUCUGGUCAUUGAUGAAGCAGCAGCUAUUCCAUUGCCUGUUGUCAAAUCAUUGCUGGGGCAAUAUCUGGUCUUUAUAUCAUCUACAGUGAAUGGAUAUGAAGGCACAGGACGUUCAUUGUCGUUGAAGCUUUUCAGUCAUUUAGAAAAGCAAAGUCAAAAUCUUGCAUGUGGUGCUAGCUCUAGUCACUCUGGCAACCUAUUCCAUAAGAUUGAAUUGAAGGAGCCCAUCAGAUAUGCAUCUGAGGAUCCUAUAGAGUCUUGGCUUAAUGGUUUACUGUGCUUGGACACUACGAAUUUGGUGCCUCCUAUCAGCAGGUUCCCUCAUCCCACAGAAUGCAAUUUGUAUUAUGUAAAUCGAGACACUUUGUUCUCCUUCCACAAAGAAAGUGAAAUGUUUCUACAGCGAAUGGUGGCUCUUUAUGUUUCUUCUCACUACAAAAACUCUCCUAAUGACCUGCAACUAAUGGCUGAUGCUCCAGCACAUCAUCUCUUUGUACUUCUUGGACCUGUUGAUGAGACAAGAAAUAUUCUUCCAGACAUUUUGUGUGUUAUCCAAGUGUGCCUUGAAGGUGAGAUUUCACGUAAAUCUGCAUCGCAAAGCUUGCAAGUGGGGCGUCUGCCUUCUGGUGAUCAAAUUCCAUGGAAGUUUUGUGAAGAGUUUGAGAAUACAGAUUUUCCAAACCUCUCGGGUGUUCGCAUUGUCAGAAUAGCAGUUCACCCCAGCGUUUUGGGGCAUGGAUAUGGUUCAGUGGCUCUGGAUCUUCUAACAAGAUACUAUGAGGGGAAGUUGACUGCUAUUGAUGAGACAAAUGUUGAAAACAAUGGAAGAAGGCUUCACGAAAACAUCAUUCAAGCGGCAAAUCAGGCCUCAUUGCUGGAAGAAACUAUUGCACCUAGAGAAAACCUUCCACCUUUGUUGACACAUCCUCGUGAAAGAUUACCUGAGAGAGUCAAUUACAUUGGUGUUUCUUUUGGGCUUAACAAGGAUCUUUUUCGCUUCUGGAAGAAACAUAAAUUUACUCCCUUUUACAUUUGUGAUAAUCCAAAUAACAGAACUGGUGAGCAUAGUUGCAUGAUGUUGAAGCCAUUGGAGACUGAUGAUAUUGAACUCGAUGGCUUAUGUUCCCUUGACUUUCUUGCUCCAUUCUAUCAGUGUUUCAAAAGAAAGUUUGUCAAACGUCUUCCUUUAUGUUUUCGGGAGUUAGAUUAUAAACUUGCUAUGAGCAUUUUGGAUCCAAAGAUUGACUUCUCAGAAAAUGAGACAUCAUUAUGUUCAGAAAAAGAAGCUUCUAUUGUGGUAAAAUUGAUUUGCUCUCCGGAUGAUGUGAAAUUGCUGGACUCCUAUGCCAACAAUCGUAAAGAUUAUGGGAAGGUCAUGCAUCUUCUGCCACUCUUUGCCUAUUACUACUUUGAUGAGAAGCUUCCAAUUCAAUUAUCACAUCUCCAAGCAUCUCUUUUAUUAUGCAUGGGCUUGCAGCUACAGAGUCUAACUGACAUUCAGAAACAAAUGAAGAUAGAAAGAACGCAAGUCCUGCAUCUGUUUCGCAAGGUUAUGAUGAAAUUUUACAAGUAUUUUUAUGGUGUUCUAACCAAUGAAAUGGAUAUGAGAUUACCUCGUGAAAGUAAGGUUGAGUUUCAGCCUCAUAGUGUGUCAGUUGAUGAAGAUCUAAAUGAUGGUGCUAAGCAAGUGAUGGAGAAGAUGAGAAUAAAGAAUAUGGAUUUGCUGAAGCCUGAAUUAUUGCAGCAAUACUGUAUUAAUGAUAAAGAAGCUGAAUUUGAGCAAGCUCUGAAAAAAUGCAGUACAAUCUCUCCUAGUGGCGUUAUUAGUGUGAAGGCCAACAGAAAGGCAUCCGAGAAAUGCAGAAGGCCUGAAAGAACUCGUAAAGGUCGAAAGAGAAAAAUGAUGUAGAGACUUUGCUCCUUAGAAACUGUCAUGGAAGUGCAUUUGACCUGAGAUCAGAGGGAGGUUGUAAUUAAAAGAUUGAAUUUAGGUUCUGGGGUUUUUUAUUUAAUUAGGAUAUGUUGAUUGUAUUUGCUUAUAGCUUACCAUUUUUCGCCCUAGUAGUGAUAUUUGCUACAUUUUUAUGUUUAUUAAGAAAAUUAAGAAAAACAGAGCAACCAGAGUAUUUUGGCUGGUGACCGGUGGUAGGAUCUGCGGACAAGUUAACUUCCAAUAGUCCUGGUCAGCUAACUUUGAGGGGAAAUCUUACGGUAGUCUUGAGGCUUACUCUAAUUAGCAUAUCGAUUUGUCAUAUUUACAACCAGAGUAUUUUGAAGGCUUACAAUAGUCUUCAAAAGAUUUUAUAUAAUAUGCUUUAGUCCGUUACGGAUUAUAUUA